AUGUACCAAGUAGACUACCUCUGGACAGAAGACGAGCCGCAGCCGUAUGAAAUUGACAAUUUGUUCGCUGAAGAUACCCUAACAUUCGUCAUUGUAUCCUCAAACAUAGAUCAAACGUUAUCCAACUACAUCAAAUAUAUGGACCCCUGGAUCAAGCAAUAUCCAUGGAACUACAAACAACCCGAUUGCCAAGCGCGCGUCACCAACUCGAUAGAGUACAUCUACGGCGAGUUCCAAUACCACGAGCACAAGCUUGACAUGGAGCUCUUUAUAGCUCUCCUUCUCAACUUUACAAAAUACGACCACAACAGCUUCAUCCACGUGUUUGACUCCGGUGAAAUUGAACCUGUAUUGGUGCUAUGUCACGAUUGUCUCCCCGCGCACCUAUUGAGUGUAACCAACGGCCGGAAUAAAGCGUGGCUACAUCGCGAUUCCAUCGUGGUGGUGAAUGAUCAUAUUGCCGAUGGGCAAGAGCGGUAUUUGUCGCUCGAUCGCGCGGUUCGGCAGUUGUUCAAUGGCGACUUCAGCGAGAACGCGGAGAUGGCACAGGUGGUCAAGCGGCAUUGCUCGCUUGGCGUGGGGUUGAGCCACGCCCAUGACCUCGUGUUGAAGUUGCCGCGCACCGCAGCGAAGGUGGUUGCACAUGACCCGAUGAUGAUUGCGAGGAGCUUAGCUACCCUUGAAGAUAUGGAGCUGAUUCAGCCUGUGAGCAGUGAAGCUGCUGCUGCUGCUGCUGCUGCUGGCGAUGACGUAGUUGAAGUUAACGUUGUUGUGAAUGCGAUGAAUCUCGGGGUGUUGUUGCGACUAGCUGGUGAGUUUGAUGGUGAACUCAAUGAAGGUGGUGGUGAUCGUCAGGAGUUGAUUAGCGGGCUUGUUAUUGCUGGAUUGCAGCAUUACUACGCGGGAAAGCCCGAGCCCAAGGUGCCGGAAACUUUGGUCGCGAGCUCGCGCCAUGUAUUGCAGGAUGAAUUGAUUGCGCGUGGCAUCAUCGAUGGACGAAUCGAGGAAGAUCACGAAGUCGUUAAUGUCAUUUCUGGAGUUGGCGGUAUGCCGGGGACGCAAGAAGAUGAAGAAGCGUACGCGAGGAAAUUGCAAACAUUAUUAGAGCAAGGCUAUGAUGACAUGGGCGGUGUGCUCGAUGACGAAGAAGAGGAAGAAGAAAAUGAUGAUGAAGAUGAAGAUGGUGUUAUACCGCUGGAUUUGCAAGAGUUUAGGUGGAAAUAUUACGACAUGACUUCGACUUGGCUCUCGGAAGAAGAAUUGAAGCCGACGUACGAGAGAAUCAGAGCGUUGAUGAUGGAAAGCAAUGUCAAUUUCCAUCUGGAUUUUAAAGGUACCGAGUUUGAAGAUUUUCCCGAGUUUAUGGAACUGGAUAUCAUCUUGGACAUGGCAAGUCAGCCUCACUGCGAGGGCAAUCACAACGAUAAUGGUGGUGAUCAUGAUGAUGCAGGUGUUUAUCAAGGAGAUAUGGCGUACAAGGAUUACGUCAAGUUUAAGAAAGAAUUGAGGAAAGAUGGCAGCGGUGCCAAUCUUCAUGAGAAUGACGAUGACGAUGAUGACGACGAUUGGGAGGAUGUUGAUAACGAUGAUGACGACGACGACGAUGACGAAUCAAGUCAAGAUGGAGAUGAAUUGGUCGAGGUGUAUGAUGAGAAGCAGCCGCAACUUGAGCCGUUGCAUGACUUGGUUGAUUCUCACGAGCACCCACGGCUCAGUAAAGAAGAGAUUGAACGAUUGACGAAGGAUCUUCAGCAAAUGAGGACUACGGAUAACAAGAACUUGGAACUGCUUUUGCAAAAGCAGAGGAAAAUAUAG